GGGGGGAGAGAGAGAGAGACUGAAGAUCUUGGAAAGGUGGGGAUGAGGGGGAUGGGUGACAGAUGGAAAAGAUGGAGACCAGAAGAUCUGACUUUUGGGCAGAGUAGAGUAGGGCACUGUGGUGAGUGGGGAGGUGGAUGAUAGGAACAGGGCAUGCAGUGUGGGAAUGAAUGAGAAAUGAGUGAGGGAAGUUGGUGAUGCACUUGAAAGCCUCUGUUUUUUCACUCAAUUUUCUUUCUUAUUUUCCUCUGUUACGUGUUCUUUAUUUUCUUCUUUUUAUUUUUUUUUUCUUUGCAUCCAAGCAGGCACAAUCAAUAAUGCCUCCUGAGCCGAUACCAAAGCAGGGAGAGGGCAGAGUGGCUUUUUAGUUUUUAGUUCUUUUCCAUCGCACUCUUCCUCUCGACAGUGAAGCAGGGCACAGCUGCACUGUCUUUCCGAAAGAAAACGUAAAGAUGACUCUUCCCUUUCUCGCUCUCUGCCUCUUCCUGUACGCUCCCACAGAAAAAAGUCAUGGUAUUGGUAUUGUACGAUUCUACCAUUCUUGAAUUUCAAAAAUCCUGCCUUUCCUUUCCACUCUCUCUCUCGCUCUCUCAUCAUAUUUACAAGCCUUUUUUCCAUCUCAACGUCCAUUUCUUCCUUCACCCUCAACCAUCCCAGUGACUGACAUCAAUAUUUUAAAUUAAUAGUUCUCCUUCCUCCUCCCCUUUCUCUCUCAAUUCGUGGCAAGCCCAUCUAAUCAAAUUUACAAAUUCCAAAUUCCAAAUUUGGCCCAGUCUCUGCAAUCGUUUUUUGAUUACUCCCUGUUAAUUUUCACUUCCUAGUUUAGCAGUAAACAGGGGGAAGCCAUGAGAGACAGAGGCAAAGCUGUGGAGACAUACAAUGGCAAUGGCCUUUCAGACAACUAUUACUCAUCAUCGUCAGAUCUUCCCUGCAGAAAACACCCAUCUUCCUCUUCCGUAGGGAUAUGCGCUUACUGUCUCAAAGAUCGAUUGAUCAAACUGGUCUGUUCCGACUGCGGCGAACAGAGGCUCUCUUCCUGCUCCUGCUCCGAGAUCUCUUCUAACCGCAAUUCCUGCACCGUCGAGGUGGGAAGCGUUGGGCGAAUCUCGUUCCUGAUCGAGAACGAAAAGAGCGACAUCGUUACGCCCCAAUCGAGCUCGAAGCCCAAGAGCGAAGACAAAUCGGAAGAAGUAAUUCUCCUCAGGAGAAGCAGCAGCAGCUGUGUCGAUGUGAAGAAAAGUGGGUUUUGGGGAAUUGGAAAGAUCUUUGGGAAGAAAAGAGAAAAGGGUGUCGACAGUUCGGAGAAGAGCGUCGGAGAAUUCGAUGAUAAAAGCGAGUCUUGCGGCGUAGAUUACAUGGGUGUUUCGAGAUCGAGGUCUCUCUGCAGUUUCAGGGGUGGCUGUUUGAACGACCCAGAUGAAGGUGGUGAUAUGAAUGCUUCCGGUGCUAGGAGCUCCGGCGUCAAUGGCGGUCUGUUUCUGGAUUCAAGCGACGCCGAGCCAAGAAGAAGCGGUUUCGACAGCGAAAGGAAAAACGAUGCUGCGAAAUCGGAAAUUGGGUUUGAUUACAAAGGUUUGAAGAGUGGUGGAAAUGGCGGAUUGGGGGUCGGACCUGGUUUCAACGGCGCAAACAGAAGAGUUUUCUCGCUUAGAGAAAGCGAUUUCACCGGCGCCGACUCGGGAUUCAUCGAUUUGAAGUUCGAUUUCUCCUCGGAAGCAAAACCAGGGCUCUCUGCUUUCAAGAUGGGCGUCGUCUCCACCUCGUCAUCUGGUUUUCCGGGCAAUCGGGGCGGUGAGCUUCUGGAUCCGGAGCUAGGCGGUUCCUCCGGCGGGUUCGCCGGAGAUGAGAUUUUCACGGGAGGGGGAUCCUGCAGGAUUACGGUGAACGACAGGGGUAUCAGAAAGAGCAGGAAAAGCGUGAAAGUGUGGCGAUGGAUUUUCCGGCACCACCCGAAUUGGGGAAGCUCAAGGAAAAAGGAUGAAGAUCGGAGCGUGAAGGUUUGAGGUAGAGGAUGAGAUUCAGGGAUUGGAGGGAUGUUUGAUUUGUCGAGUAGCAAAAACAGAGGGAAGUAUGAGUUAGUAGUGCUUAAAUUUGAACUACUGCGGUGGUGUAGUUUGUGUAUGCCAGUGUUACUUGAUUAACUCAGUUACUCUUCGGUCUUUUCUGCAUCUGUAUGUACUUAAAUCUGAUUAGUGAAUGUUAAGGGUCCUAAGAUUAGAGAUUGUUUGGG